AUGUCGACCAUCGUUCGGACUUUGCGGAACUUGAGAAGAAUUGGCCUCAAGGAUUAUGGCCACCAAAUGCAGUACAUUGGUGAUACCAAAGCCGGUACCUUGAUUGGCACCGACCGCUACGGCAACAAAUAUUUCGAGAACAUGGAGGAGGAACUCCCUCUCCGAACGCGGUGGGUGGACUACAAGGAGAAGGAAUAUGACCCUUCGCAGCUCGAGCCUGGCUGGCACGCCUGGAUUUCUUACAUGGUUGAUGCUCCCCCUACUGCCGAUAAGCUCAUGCAGACUGGCCUGCGCAACUGGGAGCUGCCUGAGCACAGGCCCAACCUGACUCUGAGCCGCGCUGCUUUCAAGACGUACUCGACCACCCGCCCUAAGUACUCCGCUUGGGAGCCCGUUGCCGCUCCCCGGUAA